GAGGGCAGAGGCGGAAGCUGCCCUCUCGGGCGCUUAGGCAACCCCGGGGGAAAGGAAACAGCCUCCGGGGGCGGUGUGGCUGCUGGGGCUGCCGGGGUUGUGGGGCUGCCUGGGCUGCGAUCGGCUGCGCUCGCUGACUGCUGUCUCCAAGAUGCAGGAUCUGGACCCCGAGGAGUUCCUGAUGGAUGAAGAGGAUGAUGUUUUUGGUGAAGGACUACCAGCCAGACUCCCAGAAAUCAUGUUGGUAGGAUCCCAGUCCUUCUCGCCUGGAGGGCCCAAUGGGAUUAUCAGAAGCCAGUCCUUCGCAGGGUUCAGCGGCCUUCAGGAGAGGCGAUCCAGAUGUAACUCCUUCAUUGAAAAUUCCUCCGCUCUCAAGAAGCCUCAGGCCAAACUGAAGAAAAUGCACAAUUUAGGACAUAAAAACAGCAGCCCUCCCAAAGAGCCUCAGCCUAAAAGGGUGGAAGAGGUCUACAGGGCCUUGAAAAAUGGACUUGAUGAGUAUCUGGAGGUUCAUCAGACGGAGCUGGACAAGUUGACAGCUCAGUUAAAAGAUAUGAGAAGAAACUCUCGCCUGGGUGUGCUGUAUGACCUAGACAAGCAAAUUAAAACCAUUGAAAGAUACAUGAGACGCCUGGAGUUCCACAUUAGUAAGGUAGAUGAGCUCUAUGAAGCUUAUUGUAUCCAAAGACGCCUGCAGGAUGGUGCCAGCAAAAUGAAGCUAGCCUUUGCCACCUCUCCUGCCAGCAGAGCUGCCCGGGAGAGCCUGUCGGAGAUCAACCGGAGUUACAAGGAGUACACGGAGAACAUGUGUGCCAUCGAAGCGGAGCUGGAGAAACAGCUGGGGGAGUUCUCCAUCAAGAUGAAAGGUCUGGCCGGUUUUGCUCGCCUCUGUCCUGGGGACCAAUAUGAAAUUUUCAUGAAGUAUGGCCGACAGAGGUGGAAACUGAAAGGCAGAAUCGAAGUCAAUGGCAAACAGAGCUGGGAUGGAGAGGAAAUGGUGUUCCUGCCCUUGAUCGUUGGAUUGAUUUCCAUCAAGGUCACAGAACUCAAAGGGCUGGCCACUCACCUCCUGGUCGGCAGCGUGACCUGCGAGACCAAAGAGCUGUUUGCAGCCCGACCUCAGGUGGUGGCCGUGGACAUCAAUGACCUUGGCACCAUCAAACUCAACCUGGAAAUCACCUGGUAUCCUUUCGACGUGGAGGACAUGACCCCAUCUUCGGGGGCUGGGAACAAGGCGGCCGCCCUGCAGAGAAGAAUGUCCAUGUACAGCCAGGGCACCCCGGAAACGCCCACCUUCAAAGACCACGCCUUCUUUUCUAAUCUACCGGAUGACAUCUUUGAAAAUGGGAAGGCAGCCGAGGAGAAAAUGCCACUGUCCCUCAGCUUCAGCGACCUGCCCCACGGGGACAGCACCCUCACCGCCAGCCCGGCCGGCUCUCUGCCCAGCGCGGGUUCGGCCAAUCCAGAAAUCACCGUCACCCCGCCGAGUGAACCCCGCCAGCCGGCCUCCCAGCAGGAGGGCACCGAUGACUCCAGCUCGGCGCCUUCCGGCAGCUCCUUGGGCGAAGGGCGGGGUCCCAGCCCCACGCGGAGGGAGGCACCGAGGUGCCCAAAAAAGCCAGGCCUCCCGAGCGCCCGCGGGUGCCAGGCGGAGCGCCUGUUCCUGGAGAAGGGCGUGGCGGAUGCCCUGCUGCACGAGUCCGAGGAGACCUCUGAACUCAAGCCUGUGGAGCUGGACGCUUUCGAAGGAAAUACGAAGCAGCUGGUGAAGAGGCUCACCUCGGCGGAGGUGCCUGCGGCCACCGAGAGGCUGCUCUCGGAGGGCUCGGUCAGCGGCGAGUCCGACGGCUGUAGAUCCUUCCUAGACGGAAGCUUAGAGGAUGCGUUUAAUGGGCUUUUCCUUGCGUUAGAACCACAUAAAGAGCAGUAUAAGGAGUUUCAGGAUCUGAACCAAGAAGUCAUGCACUUGGAUGAUAUUCUCAAAUGCAAGCCCGCAGUAAGCCGAAGCAGGUCUUCCAGUUUAAGUCUUACAGUUGAAAGUGCUUUAGAAAGCUUUGAUUUCCUGAACACCUCUGACUUUGACGAGGAGGAGGAGGAUGGUGAGGAGGUUUGUAAUGUUGGAGGAGGUGCUGACUCAGUAUUUUCAGACACUGAGACUGAGAAACACAGUUACAGAUCAGUACACCCAGAAGCCAGGGGGCAUCUCAGCGAAGCCCUGACUGAGGACACCGGAGUCGGGACGAGCGUGGCAGGAAGCCCUCUGCCACUGACCACAGGGAAUGAGAGCCUGGACCUCACCAUCGUCAGGCACCUGCAGUACUGCACCCAACUGGUCCAGCAAAUCGUUUUCUCAAGCAAAACCCCCUUUGUGGCCAGAAACCUCUUGGAGAAGCUUUCCAGGCAAAUACAAGUGGUGGAGAAACUCUCGGCCGUCAGUGAUGAGAACAUAGGGAACAUCAGCUCUGUCAUCGAAGCCAUACCAGAAUUUCACAAGAAGCUGCCUUUGCUGUCCUUCUGGACCAAGUGCUGCAGCCCAAUUGGGGUCUACCACAGUUCAGCCGACAGAGUGAUUAAGCAACUGGAGGCCAGCUUUGCCAGAACUGUCAACAGAGACUAUCCGGGACUCGCAGACCCAGUGUUUCGAACCCUGGUGUCCCAAAUCCUGGACCGGGCUGAACCCCUGCUUACCUCCAGCCUCUCCUCCGAAGUCAUCACUGUUUUCCAGUAUUACAGUUACUUUACCAGCCACGGCGUGAGUGACCUGGAGAGUUACUUGAACCAACUGGCCAAGCAAGUUUCCAUGGUUCAGACUCUGCAAUCACUAAGAGAUGAGAAACUGCUGCAGGCCAUGCGUGACCUGGCACCCAGCAGCCUUCCGGCCCAGCAGGAAAUACUCAGGACUCUGGCUCUGCUCUUAACCAGGGAUGACAGUGGAGUUAGUGAGGCUGUGAUGCUUUACUUGGCAGCAGCCUCCAGAAAUGAGCAUUUCAGGGAAAAGGCCUUGCUCUAUUACUGUGAAGUGCUAACGAAGACUGACCUCCAGCUCCAGAAGGCAGCUUGCCUGGCACUGAAAAGCCUGAAGGCUACUGAAAGCAUUAAAAUGCUGGUGACACUGUGUCAGUCGGAUACUGAAGAAAUCAGAAAUGUGGCCUCAGAAACUCUCUUAUCUCUUGGAGAAGCUGGACGGCUGGCAUAUGAACAGCUGGAUAAAUUUCCUCGAGACUGUGUUAAAGUUGGAGGUCGUCAUGCAAGUGAAGUUGCCACGGCCUUUUAAUUGAAAGUUAACUCUGCCCAACAGCUGUCUUAAUAAACGGCCCUGUUCA